CGUUCGAUUUUUACAAUUUGCUCCCAGUCCUCUUCUGCGUGUUCUAGGGUCUCAUCAAUUCAUCCUCAUCUCUCGCUGCCCCCUCGUCUUCUUCGACCCUUUCACCGACGGAUUCAUCUGAUUUACAUACAUCGCAUAUAUGCAACCACCAAACAAAUCCAAUUUCUAACAGGAUUCAGAUAAAAUCCCUGCCGAAUUUUCUAUUAUUAUCAAGAUUUGGGCAUUAAUUAUGAUAAUCUUUGUUAAAUUUCGAUUCUCAUCAUUGUUGAAUGUGAAAACCAACAAGAUUUCUGGCAAUCUCCGAGUUUUUGGCCCUGGUUUGAAUCCGUUUGCUCCUUACAACUUGGCCAAUCAUUCCUCUCGCUAAUUUUGUUUAUAGUUUUUGUUUUUGAAAAUUAUGUAAACUGUUUGAGGAUAGGUCGGAGCUCUGAAAUUUCAGGUAUUUUUAAUUGGGUCUAAUCUAUUCAUAUAUUUUCUGGGUUUCUGUUGAGAUUUGAAGAUAAGACCAAAUUCACUGAUAAAUUGAAACUUGUGCCUUGAAUGUUUGUGUGUGUGUUGUUUUUUUCUUUUCAUCUCAUGUGAAAAAACUUCAUUACUAUAAAAACUUCUGCCUUGACCCUUUGAAUACAACGUUAAAGGUUAAGAAUUUGAGCGUUUUGGUCGACCAUCGAAGAUAAAUGUGAAUUUGUGAGUUGAGAUUUGUAAGAUUACUGGACUAGAAAUACUUUUGGGGGGACUGUUGUGUGAUAUAAAGAAGAAAAAGGAAUAUUUUCAAUGAUGCCAGGGUUUGAGAUCGGACUAAUCAGGAAGAGCAGGCAGUUGGGUAGGUUGGGAGGCGACAGGGAUGAUCGAGGUUGGACUCCGCUUCACAUUUUUGCUCGGAAAGGUGACCUCAAACAGGUGAAACGGCUUCUCGAUGAAGGAAUGGAUGUUAAUGUGGCUGCUUGGGGCCCAAAAUCGCAUGGUGUGACCCCCCUCCACCUUGCUGCUAAGGGGGGUCAUAUUAAAGUUAUGGAUGAAUUGCUAGAGCGUGGUGCUGACAUUGAUGCACGAACGAAGGGUUCAUGUGGCUGGACACCACUUCACAAUGCAGCUAAAGAAAGAAAUAAGAAAGCAAUUAAGUUCCUGGUUGGUAACGGGGCAUUUUUGCCUGAUGACAUCAACGACACAAGGUUCAAUCCACCUCUUCAUUAUUGUCCCGGUCUUGAAUGGGCUUAUGAAGAGUUGAAGCGCCUCCAGUUGGAUAACUCUUCAUCUAGUGAAGCAUCCUACAGCUCGGAAAACUGAUGGUUUACUCUUUAAGUUGUUGCUUCUUUGCAUGCUGUCUUGGAACUGAAGCAGACUCAAUUUUACAUGCUCUUCUUAAAUCUUGGUGCUGUAUAUGGUUUAGUUUGCAAUGGAAUAAAUGUAAGAUUAGAAUGUUUGAAGGUCAUGUUUCAUGUGUUUGCUUUAUCUGUCUCAGAUAUAUAAGUCAAAUCUUACUCAUAUGAGAUCAAACCUUUGAUUGGGUAUGUAUUGGUUUUGUGUCCUGUUUGGUUAAUGUGAUUGGUGUGUUUGUUAAUCC